CCAUACAGGAGAGGAAGACAGAAAGACUUCCGUGUACAAACGUUUCAUGUAUUUUCAGGUGAAAUAUGCCCCGUUACUGUGCUGUAAAACUGUGCAAAAACCGUGGCGGAACACCCUCUAAAGAAAACAAGAGACUAAGCUUUUACCCGUAGGUUAUUUACUAUUUUCCCAUCACGUUUCAAUAUGUACAGAUACAGUCCUACUGCUAGCUAGCUUAACUAGCAUGAUCAUAUUGGCUACUCGCUAGCGUUGUGUAUCCAGCAGUGCUCUCAAAACAAAUAGUUAGCUGUCAUAGAAAAACACAAACACUAGUAUGGAAGCAAUGCUUUUUAUGUAAUCUUGUGAAUUUGGAUGGGGCUGACAAAUCUAAUUAGGGCAUGUCAACAAAUGUAGCUAUGUUACCAACAUAUUCCUGUUGUGUCUCCCCACAGGUUCCCCUUGCAAGAUGAGGCCAGGCUGCAGAUAUGGGUAGACAACAUGAAGCGAGAGGAGUGGACCCCCAGCAGACACCAGUACCUGUGUAGUGAACAUUUCACUGAGGACUGCUUUGACCUGCGAUGGGGGAUCCGAUACCUGAAACACACUGCCAUCCCUACCGUCUUCCCUCACAGACAUGACGUCAGUAGACACACACCACUUCUAUGACACCCAACAACAAAACUAGCAGAAGUCUUAAUGCACAUUUCUGGAAUAGUGACUGAUAUUAGAGUUUCACAUUGGGUUGAUCAUGCACUUUACACUGAUCGUCAUUGUAGUGGACAAAGCAUUGUGUUAGGAUAUUUUCUUUGGAAUUCAUCAGGGCUGGGGUCAAUUCAAUUUUAAGGCAGUCGAUUCAGGAAUUUAUUUUAAUUUAAAAUUCAACAAUGGAAAAACUUCUGAAAUAAAUAGCUUCUACUCCUCAGUUUAUUGAGAAGUCAUUGAAAAUAGAUGCUGUUUUUUCACAUUUUGAAUUGCUUUUUAAGUUUACCUGAAUUGACUGCCUUGAAUUUGAAUUGACCCCAGCCCUGGAAUUUGUUAAAUUGCAAGUGCAACAUCAAAUCAGAUUGUAUUGGUCGCGUACACAUAUUUUGCAGCGAAAUGCUUUUAUUUCUAGAUCCAACAAUGCAGUAUACCUAAUAAUACAAAAGAAUACACACAAAUCCCCAAAAUAAAGAAAUUAACACACUAUACACACUAUACAUGGCUAUAAUAUGAUAGCAUGAUUUCUGUUCGUGUUUACCAUCACUCUUUCCCCUCAGGAUGAAGAGAAAACAGUUUCCACUAGUAAGAAGAACACCAAGCCCAAAACCAGGAUAUGCGACGCCAACAUUGAACUCAUCCGCUCCCCCUCCCCUCCUGGCAAGAAUAAACCUCUGAUUCUGAGAAGGAGAGUCAGAGUGGAACCAGUCGUGGUGAGUGGCCCUCCUGUCCCUAACCCUGAGGAUGCCAGUGAAUCUACGGUCACUACCCUGUUAUAUGAAAGACAGCUUGUUUCAGACGCAGAGGCCUCUACUCCUAGUGAAAUGGUCCUGGGGGAGGUGAUGCUCUCAGAGACCCAGGCUGCAGUGUGUGAGGUGUCCGGAGAACUGCCUGGAGACAGUGGUGGGAUACUGACAGCCUCUUGCUUGAACCUGUCUGCUGAGACACAGACACUGCAGCAGCUGGAUACACUGGACUCCACGGUGACUGUGCUCUGCUGUGAAUCCGUCGGCCCUGUCGGCCAUUUCUCGGAAUGUGAAGCCACAGUGGACGCCCUCCAGGCGGUCCUCGGUCAGACGUUUAGGAUCUUCCCUCUGGAGCUACGGAGGGAGGAGGGGGUCGGAGACGAGGAGGAGGGCCCCGGGGAGGGGGAACACAUCUCGGUGUACGAGCACUCCUACUCCAAACAGGACACGGACAAGGAACAGCUGUGGAGUAAGAUCGCCAGCCUCCACACCAAGAUCAUGGCGUUGGAUAGGAGAGAGGAAAGCACCAUGGGUAAAAUACGAUCACUUGAGAGCGAGAUGGCACAUCUGAAGAAGAACAACAUUUUUUGCAAAGAAAAGCAGAAAGUACUAGAGGACUAUAUUACUUCUGCGUUGCUCUAA